GCGGCGGAGCCAGGACCGACCGACCGACGGACCGGGACGGAGCCUCGUCUACCGCCCCUGGAACCCGGCACUGGUGUCUGCCCGCGGCCGGUGAGGCCAGAGUUCCGGAGGUGCAGCAUGGCCCGGGGCUGCCUCUGCUGCCUCAAAUACAGCAUGUUCCUCUUCAACCUGCUCUUCUGGUUGUGUGGCUGUGGGUUACUCGGCGUUGGCAUCUGGCUGUCGGUGUCCCAAGGCAACUUCGCCACCUUUUCGCCCAGCUUCCCCUCGCUGUCGGCCGCCAACCUGGUCAUCGCCCUUGGCACUGUCGUCAUGGUGACCGGCUUCCUGGGCUGCCUGGGGGCCAUCAAGGAAAACAAAUGCCUGCUGCUUAGUUUUUUCAUUGUCCUGCUGGUCGUCCUCCUGGCUGAGCUGAUUCUCCUCACCCUGUUCUUCGUCUACAUGGACACGGUGAAUGACAAUGCGAAGCGGGACCUGAAGGAGGGGCUGCAGCUGUACAACACGGAAAACAACGUGGGCCUGAAGAAUGCCUGGAACAUCAUCCAGGCAGAGAUGCGGUGCUGUGGCGUCACAGACUUCACGGACUGGUUUCCGGUGCUGGGGGAAAACACAGUCCCCGACCGCUGCUGCAUGGAGAACUCACAGGAUUGUGGGCGCAAUUCCACCACGCUAGUGUGGAAAACAGGCUGCUAUGAGAAAGUGAAGAUGUGGUUUGAAGACAACAGGCACGUGCUGGGGACAGUCGGGAUGUGCAUCCUUAUCACACAGGUCCUGGGCAUGGCCUUCUCCAUGACGCUCUUCCAGCAGAUCCAUCGCACCGGGAAAAAAUACGACGCCUGAGAGUCCGCCCAGAACCACCCGUGCCAGGAGAGGAUCUGAGCUCGGGCGCCUUCCCCACCCUCCCUCCCUGCCCGCUCUGGACCGCUGGCCCGCUCCCCUCCCUAGCCGGCCAGCAUCCCCCCUGCCUCCCACCCCAGCUGGCCGGGACCCGCCCCGCCCUCGGACUCCUCCCUGGGUUGGGCUGGGAGCAGGGCAGGGGCCUGUGGGCCGCUGACCUCUCUCACCAUUCAUUUGCCAAAGAAGAGUCGGGGGCCGGAAGGACCUGGACCCCGUCUCCCCCGCCACGCACAGAACACCUAGAGACAGAGGUCUCUAGCCCGGUCCCCCUUCUCGGAACACUCGUGCCCCGGCUCCUCCUUUGUUCCCGCCUGGAGGACUUGGGAAGAGGAGGAACCCCCUUUCCCUACGAGCCCCCAAAGGCUGGGGCUGGGACCCCCAUUAACUCCCUAGCUUCACGUUUUUUAAGAUUUUAUUCUGAUGGCAAUUAUUCAGGGGGUCUUCCGGUCCUCGAGCUACGUUUAGGGUUAGCUUUGUGACUUACAACUUUAUAUGUCUUGAUUUCUCUGAUUUCUCUGGUCAGUGGCUGGGGUGGGACACCUGUCUGGACCCAACGAGCACCUGUCACCCCCUCUUGCAUGAAGAAAGGGGGAUGCCAGGGGAGGGAGAGGGUCUGGAGGGCGGGUGGCCAGUGAGGGGCUGGACAGUGAGUCAGCCAUUCAGCUCUGGUCAGGAGGAAAGGAAGGUGACCAGGUGCACUGCUAGGCCCACUCUAUCCCCCCGUGGUGGGGAAUGGGGAGAUCAGGACCUUCUGUCUUCCUUCUAUGCCGCCUCCUCUCCCUCCUUCUGUGUUUCCAGGAGUUUGCUCUCUCCCCUGGCUAUUUCUGCUGGGACACUCUGACCUCUCCACUCUGCUGCUCCCCAGGACUCUCCUUCCCCCACCUUCACCUUCACCCACCCUCACUGUUGGGGGAGGGAAGAGGGCUUUUCUUUGCUUUCCAAAGGAAUGGUCAAGUGUGGGGGGCUGCCCUGUCACCUCUGGAGCCCCUUGCCCCUUGUUCCCACCUGUGACCCCUGAAUGGGGGUUUGGGCUCAAGAACUACAUUACUGAGGGUAUUGGGAGCAGUGGGGCUUGGGGGGACAGAGCGAGUUGUUGGGGGGGCAAGGUGCAGGAGGCCUAGGGAGAUGGGGGGCAGUUGAGAAGCCCCUACCUCCCACCCCAUCCCCCCUGUUCUUGGGGUGCUGGGUGACCCCCUCGUGCACCCUCCUGAUGAUCACCUGUCUCCAGGGUUCAGGCACCUUUCUGGAUUAAUGGUUUCAGGGGAGGGACCUGCACCCUCUGGGGCAGGGUUGUUUCUAGCAACCCAGCUCUCUACGGGGGCUCCCCAGACCUCUGCCUUCCACCCCCUACUCCUCAACUCCUUUCUGUCUGACCACACAACCCUUUAAUGUUGGAUUCCCUUCCCCCAUCGGCAAACUAGAGUCUGAGGUGGGAGGGGGCUGGGGGUUACGGUCCCAGAGGGAGGAAGCAGCCAGAUUUUGGUGGAGUAGGGGCACUGUUUCACUGGGGACACAGUGCCCUGGGAACCCUGCCUGGGGUGGUGAGUUCAAAUUCUGCCUUUCCCCUUUAAUAUUCCCAUUUUCUUGUAUCUGAGUCCCCAAGAUGUCCCCCUAUCCCUCAAUACUUGCCUUUUCUGCCCUUUCCCAGUUACGGGAGCCCCUGGUGAGAGGCUGGGGUUGGUUUGGGGAGGAGGGGUGAUGUGAUGGGGGCCUGAGCAGACAGGCUAGCUAGAGAGACUGUGGUAAGGUGAUUUUAUGGCAUGGGGCUGGUUCUAGCUCAAAUUGCAGGGAGAGGUUUGGAGGGGUGCGGGGGUUAUGCCUAUCAAUGCAAUUUUUAUUUCUAUUAAAUCCAGCAGCAAAAAGCCUUGCACAACA